GUGAACAAGGCUGUUGGUUAUAUGCAGCCCCUGCAUAUUGUCCUCUGAAGGCGGCGUAGUACAAUAUCUUCACGUCGUGCAGGCCCACCGAGGGACUGGCACUGCAGCAGAUAUUGUGCAUGGUGGCACCUGCAACAAACAAGCCAAAGAAUGGAACCCUAUCAACCAACGGACAAGCAGCGGCUGUACUACGGUGAGCGGGAAGGGAAAUGGACCACGUCUUCACACAGUCAUCAGCUCCAGGUUAGCAGUUGGACCUCUUCUUAGCUUCUCCCAACCCAGCCUGCCAUACUUGCCCAGGGACUAUCCGGUAUUUAAGGCCAGUGCUCGAACACUGCUUGACUUUAUCGAUUCUUCCUCACCAGACGCGAGGCUUCAGCAACUUUAUUCUACUCCUUCCCAAACCCCUUUCUUUGACUCCGGCUGAUCACACCCUGUCAAACCACAAGCAGACACCGCCAUGGCACCCCAGAGCAAGACUUUGCUUGUAGUUGGCUCCGGCCCCGGCAUUGGCCGCGCAGUUGCCACGCUGUUCGCGUCCAAGGAGCAAGCUGCCCUGGAGCAGGCGGUUGGCCAGCACGUCACCAUUAAGACCUACGCCGUAGACGUCACCGACACCGACGCCCUCCUCAAAGCCCUAGCCGAAGCAGACGCAGCCAUUGGCAAGCCCGAGUGCGUCUUCUUCAACGCAGCGCGGGUUCUGCCCUCGGUGCUCCUCGAGCACAGCGUCAAGGACAUCGAGUACGACCUCAAGAUCAACGUCUCAGCGCUGUACACAGUCGCGCAGCGGUAUAUCCCGCAUCUGGUCCAGCUCGCCAACAAGGCGUCGGAUGACAAGGCCGCGUCCAACCCCGCCCUCAUCGUAAUCAGCUCGAUGCUGCCAAUGGAGCCCAUCCCACAGCUCUUUGUCCUGUCGCUGGCCAAAGCGGCCCAGCGCAACCUGGUGCAAAGUCUCAACAUGACGUACGGCUCGCAGGGCGUCUUCGUCGGCGUCAUCAACGUCGCUGGGCCUGUGGCGCCUACUGAUGCCGUGGGGAACCCGGCUAACAUUGCGGCCAAGACGUGGGAGUGGUUUGAGAAGGGCACCGACUUUGAGGUCGUGAUCUAA